CCGCCUCGCCGCCGACCUAGCUUGGCGGCACCUCGGGUUUAACUGGGUCAGGGGACGGGACCGGGAGCGUCGUCAUAAGGUGCUGGCAACCACCUGUCAUCCCGACAACCCUUCCCAUCAUCACCACCACUCCCGCACACUUCGCCAUGGCUACAACAGGUAAUGCUGGCUGGGCACAGCUCAGACAGCAAGCGAGAACAUUAGAAUCCCAAACGGAGAGCAUGUUUCAUACCUAUUCACAAUUCUCAUCCGCCGCAAAGGUCUCGCCAAAGCCGACAGAGGAGGAAACCGAAGCAGAGACGAAAAUCGAAGAGCUGCUGGAAAAGCGCGAAUCGACAAUCGCCCAAUUAGCCAGACUGCUCGACAGCGAGUCCACGCUCACAUCGUCGGCCCUUAAGCAAAAUAACCUUUCGCUCCUCCGCGAAAAGCUCUCAGCGCAUAAGCGAGACUUGACGCGGCUGCGCUCAAGCCUCCAGACAGCCCGCGACCGAGCAAAUCUCCUCUCCAAUGUCCGCGACGACAUCAACCAGUACCGCGCCAACAACCCGGAAGCCGCGGAGGCAGAGUAUAUGCUGGACGAGCGCAAUCGCAUCGAUAACAGCAACAACAUGACCGAUAGUAUCCUGAGCCAAGCGUAUGCCGUCAACGACAGCUUCAACCUCCAACGAGAAACGCUGGCCAGCAUCAACCGACGCAUCACGCUCGCAGCUAGCCAGGUCCCUGGGAUCAACACAAUUAUCGGCAGAAUAUCAGCGCGAAAGCGAAGAGACGGUAUUAUUAUGGGCGGCUUUAUUGCAUUCUGCUUCAUUGUUUUCUUUUGGUUCAUGUAACACUAUAGGCUGGCACCUUUACGACAAAACAGGGCAAGCAAGUUUCAUGGGAUUCAGGCGUUUUAGAGAGAGAGGUUACCACCAGCGCAUUUGUUUAUUUCAGCGUGCAGCGCCGUUGUUCUUCUUCGUCUUCUUCUUUUUUGUAAAAAGAAACCUAGCAGUAGCGACGGUUCAAAAGAUGUCUAUUAAUAUACAAGAGGCAAGUCUUACUAGCCUCGUAAAAUGUUAUACAUGGAGAAUGGUUUAUGCUUUUUGUUGAACAAGAUGUUCCUUGCCGCGAGAUUGUUCUCUAGCUGAUGCUGGUAGCUUGGCCUCCUUGCCAAUAUCGUCGACAAGCUUGGCCAAUCCCUUGGCCAGACUCUCUCGCUCGUGCUCCUCACUGGGCCCACUGCCUGCCCAACGAAUGCGACAGUGCUGGUCCACCAGAUACGUGUAUCCGACCUUACUGUUCAGCAGGCCAAUCGAUUCGCGAAUGUUGUCGGUAAUACCACCGCGGACGAGAAAGUACUUGUCCCAGUCACGCUCGGGGAAUCGCUUGCGCAGAGAGCCCAUGAAGAAGCUGACGAGCCACGCCUUGCCUGCAUUAUCCUCGUAGUUGAUGUUGACGUGCUGUGCUAUGGUUGGGUUUUUCGCAAGAACUUCAUGUAGCGCCGGGUUAGCCUCCUUUGACGCAAAUGUGGCGACCUGGGACUCGGCCCAUUGACUGCUGAAGAUGGAGACGACAGUGGCUCGGCCAGUCAUGAGGGGUGUUGUGUCGCGGGGUUCCUUGUCGUCCUUGAGAAUAGUCUGGCCGUAGAGGUUGGGGAAGAAGAGCGAUACUUCAGCCUUGAAGAGGCGAGGCGGCGCAAUAAAGGAUUUACCCUUGUGAUGCUGCAGAUUGCCCCAAUCACGGAAGUAAGGUCGGGCGAGCUUAGCCGUCCUACCCAAAGUUGUCCGGUUAGUACAAUCUCUAUACAUCAUGUAUCGGUAUGCUGUACAUACAGCUCUUUUCUUCGCUCGAGAUGCUUGUCGUAAUCGGAAAAGUCUUUCUUGCGCUGUUCGCGCGUGCGGUUGUCGACGCCAGUGUUCUCGCCUGGUCGUGGCGGCAGCGGCAUGCCAAUCGGACGGGGCAGUGGCAUCGGCGUAAACUCUCCUUGGAAUUUCUUGCCAUAACUUCGGGGCGCCUCAAUGGCCGGGCCGGAGAUGUCGCUCUUGGGAUCAAAGGAGGUGCCGGCCGCGGGCUUUUCGGGACGAGCUGCACGCAGGGCCGACGAGGUAAACGAUCUUCGCGAUUGGCAGUAGAGACAGGUAAGCGGUCGCCUACCCAGGCUCAUGAGAGCCAUCUCUACUCGUCGAGACGACAUCGGGGAUGCGAUUAAAUUAGGCGGCUGCCGAGAAACGCGGUUGAUGCAAUGACGUUGCGCCUCGCUAUGUAAAGCCGAUGCUGUCAGUGGCCAGUGGGACAGAGACC